GCAUUCUCAAUUGAGCUAUUGAAACUGUCGAAGCCGCUGUUGACCGGAAAUUCAGACAAGCCGAAAAUUUUGGAAUUCUUUCUUGGCUAUACUACACGUUUUAAAGAUAUAUAUUAAUUGGUCAAUAUUUUCAUGCAGCAGCUUCCUCCGUGGCCACUUCCGCCCUCUCAUUGGGUUAAUGCCAAAGAUUUGACAACACCGCCUAUUCCUCCCAAAAAUGAUGAAUUAUCCUUGCCUGUCUUUGAGCGGCCACUGUACCAGACAUAUAAGAGCCAGCUUGAAUUUAAUGAAAAACUGCUAGCGGAGAUGUCUUUGGAUUUGACCGUUGAAACCGAUAUCAGGUCGUUCAAACGGCUCAACCGAAUGCUUUUGACUGAGUUUCUUGAGUUGGUGAAUGUGCUUAUUCAUAAACCUGCAGAAUGGGAAAAUAAUGUAAAUAGAAUUAAGUUCAUCAUAUUCAAUUUGCAUCAUUUGCUCAACGCCUAUAGGCCCCACGAAUGCAGAGAAACAAUCAUCUCGAUUUUAGAAAAGCAAAUCGAGCGUAGAACACAACUUUUGGAUAUACAAAAAAAGCAUCUUGACUCUACUGAAAAAAAGUUUGAACAAAUCCAGACGAUGCUUCAAUCGAAGUUGCAGAAGAUUGAAUGCGAGACAAUUCCCACGUCAGAAGAAUUGAUGAAGCUGACUGGUAUAUCCUUAGAAGAUCAGCCAAAACCAGAAAAGGACGCCUGUGUACAAUAUGUUGAGCACGAAGUAAAUACGGUUUUAGGAGAAGCUGAAAUAGUUGACCAACUCUUCAGUUAUUUUUGAAGAUUGGCAUUCAAACGAACGUCUCAAACCACGGAUCCAUUGCGUUUUAACCGUGACGAGUUUUUAGUGGAAGCAAUGACGUUCUCCGUUCUAUUCUAGGUGAAGCUAGCAUGCUUUUAUCGAAUUUUCCUGAAGGUUUUUGGUCUUUUUUUUGUUCAAGUCUGAAUACUGGGUUAGGCGUUUUUAGACGUGCUUUGACACGGAUUAUGGGAUAUUUCUGGAGUUAUUGGUAAAAUUGUCAUUGCAACAGAAAUGUGCAUUCUCAAUUGUUUUUAUUUUAUAUAGAUGGUAAACUAUUUUCGGCGUACUUGGACUGCCAAAUCUAGAAUAUAUAGACAUGCUUGUGAAGAGUGUCCUUGGAUCGUAUUCUUCUGGGUUCGAUUAGCAGGCUGAGUCUUAUUGUAUGCGACAUCGGUGACGAGGCCGGGGUAGAUUCUAGAUGGCGUGUGGUGACUAAGCAAGCGCAAGAUUGCUUCACGGCGAGGAGAAAAUGCGAUGCCUAGAUGAGUAAAAAAGAGAAAAUAAGAGGCUUCAUUUUCAUGUAAAUGCAUUGGCGGUUUUUAGUUGGACAUGUACAUAUUAUUACCAUUUUUUUUGUGCAGAGCAGUACAAUUCAGCACAAUUUAUUUUUGCAAAGACGUUGUCUCAUUUUGAAAAUGAGGGCAUAUGUCGAGCACUGAUAUCAUAGUAGAGUUAGUGUUAGGUAUAUAGCCAUAGUGAUGUAGCCGAUGAGGACGGAUUUGUCCAUGUUUCCUUCCCUUCCUAAUUCGCUGGUGCUAAUAGUAAACCAGACGGAGUACAGAAUGAACGUCAAUAUACCGGCUCGUACAACCCAUAGGAUUGGCCUGGAUAGGAUGUAGAAGGCAAACAAAAGGGCGGCAAAACAGAGUGCCUUGAAUGAAUGUUCGUGUCUGGGAGUUUGUGUGUAAAAGUUUUUGACAGUGAGGUAAUAAGGUUGUAGAGCUGGGACUUUUUUAGUGAAUAGGGAGUCUAUGCCUUGGGAGAGAUGAUCUUGGAUAGAAGGAGUGGACCUGAUUCUGUUUUCUUGAGGGCUGCCGAGUCCUUCUAGUUGAGGAAGGACUUUAUUGGCGUAACGAAUCACAUUGGACGAGAUCGAAGAGGAUGUAGCAUUUGAUGGUUGAGGAGAAUCUGAAUCUGAGACGGACAAGGUAUUUAGAUUAUAGGAGCUGAGAGAAUCGAAAAUCCAAUCUAAUGGAUUGACGCAGUCUUGAGAUGUGCCGGUUGCAUUCUGUGGAGGGAAGUCAGUUUUUCUCGGCGUGUUGGUGGUGCAUUCGCUUGGUGGAAAGGGGUGACAAAAAAAUUCUAAAUUGUGGUUUUGCGACGCAUACAUAGGUUUCUCGCAGUUUUUUGUAAUUUGGACAGAGGUCUUUGUGUGCUUGUAGAAAUUUUCGCAUAACAGAUAUUUCGCAGCCAUAUGGGCAUGUUACUUUCACGCAGGGACAGAGGAAUUCAUAGUGUCCCUGUAUUGGGCGGAGAGAGGGUAAGAUGAUGUGUAAGCUGGGUUUGCAUAGUUAUUUUUUGGCUUUAUUUCCCGUACUUACAAGGAUUUUGGUUGAUUCGAUUAUCUUACCACAUCCUAGAGGACAGGGAAUCUUCAUUAGUUUUGAAAUUUUAUUUUUUUGGCAGGUAGAAAAAAAAAAUUUCAGUUAAAAUGAAUAAACAUAAAGGUGAGUUUUCUAGCAGGAGGUGGAUCUGUGAGGUACAGAUGGUUUUCAGUGUACAUUCAUAAAA